AUGAGCCAUGAUAACUUUCCACCUCCGUAUGAGCAAGACCCAAGACAGAGGAGAGCAGGAAGUGUUUUUGACAGAAUCAGCCCUGCCGAACCAAGGCCCAGUCAACAGCAGUCUCAGCAGCCUCGGGCGAGGCCACAGCCUCCACCUCCAAUGCCCCAACAGCCGGAGAGACGGCAUGAAAAUGCCCUCCGCGCUGUCCCGCCUAGAAGUAGGCCGCAAAGGAGGGAGGAGGAGGCUAGGAGCCGGCCAGGACCCUCUCACCAACAACCGAGGUACGAGGUCGAAGAUUACGAUUCUGAUGAGCGGCAGAGGUCCUGUCCUACGGGCACGACACCGCGGAUUGCAGAGAAUAUGCACACCGCUCCUGGCAGGAACCCGUCAGGGAAAGACAUAACUCGCCCCAGGCAAACAGGCCCCCGCCCAGGCAAGACAAUCGACAUGGGCGUGAGGCGGCCACUCCUCAUCAAAGGGAUGUCUCCCCAAGGCGACGAGAGCAAGACACAGAGGGGCCCAGGGAAGGACGUAGACACCGAAGAAAUAGGCAAACUCAGGAUGAGGCUCCUAUCCACGAGAUAG